AAAAUGUCGAAGCCAACAUUAGUGAAACCGGACAUCAAAGAGUAUGAGCAUUUGACACAGAAGGAGAGAAUGAUUGCUGGUUACCCGUAUCGUCCUGGAAAUCCACAGCUUGCCAAUGAGAGAGCGAAUGCACGUCAACUCAUCAGAAAGUACAACGAUUCGGAGGUUGGUGAUAAAGCAGGAAGAAGAAAAAUUCUUGAGGAACUCCUAAACCCAGCUUGUCGUGACAAGAAAAUUUUCAUUGAAGUACCGUUUCGUGUGGAUUAUGGCUACAAUUUAACACUUGGAAACAAUGUGGAAGCCAAUUUCAACUGUGUGUUCCUCGAUUGUGCGCCGAUAACAAUAGGCGAUAACUGUUUAUUGGCACCAGGUGUUCAAAUCUACGCAGCUACUCAUCCACUCAAUCCAAAAUACCGUAAAGAUGACGACGAGUACUAUGAAUUGGCAUUCCCGGUGAAAAUCGGCAACAAUGUUUGGAUCGGUGGAAACGCCAUUAUUUGUCCAGGUGUCACGAUUGGUGAUAACGUUGUGGUUGGUGCUGGAUCCGUUGUCACUAAAGAUGUUCCAUCGGACGUUGUUGUUGCUGGUAAUCCAGCAAAAGUCAUCCGUACUCUGGAUUUCAAAGAAUAAAUUCUUUUUCACAAUGAUUUUUGAUGAGGAAAAUCAUUUUUGUUCAAUAAAAACAAUCCUCGGUUUACAAAGAAAUUUGUCCAGUACUCCGAAUUCAUGCUUGAAGCAUGUACUUUGUACAAAGAUUAAUAAAGCCGCAAAUAUGUUUAACUUAUUUGCUUUGUUUGUUCAUUAAAAAAUAAAAAAUAAACA